GGCAGCAAAUGAAACUCUCUGCAGAGACUAUGUGCUCUGCCGGCGCUGAUCAGCUCAGCAAACAACAUGCCUCUGACGCUUUAGCUCCGUCUCUCAGCUCCUGGCUAUAGGUGACGCCACACUGAACCAGGCGGAUUAAACAUGUUCAACAGAAAAGGCACCAGCCUUAGCUCAAGAGGAAUAACAUGGGGUUUGUGCAUACUCCUGCUUUACACCAGCUCUCUCUCCUGUUUUGCUAAUUUCAGCCAAGCAAAAGAGCUGGUCUAUAAGAUAAAAGAAGGAUUGCCCUCCGGCACACUCAUAGGGUCCGUGGGCUCCGACUUAUACUUGGAUUUAUCCCUUGAUCCCCCUGUUUUAUUCAAUCUGCCCCAGAAGAAGCUUAGUGAUCAGUAUGUCUCUCUGAACAGCACCACGGGGGAGCUGUUUACAUCUGGGAAUGAGAUCGACAGGGAGACGCUCUGCCCCGACGCCUCAGAGCACAACCAGGGCUGCGUGCUCUCCCUGGACGUGUUCGUUCUACCCCAGCGGUACUUCCAGCUGGUUAAGGUCAAGAUCUUGGUCGAGGAUGUUAACGACAAUCGGCCGCGCUUCCCGACGGGCGAGAUUAGGGUUUCCGUCCCGGAGAACACCCGGGUCAACGCGAGGUUCGCGGUGGAGCAGUCAGCGACAGACCCUGAUCUGGGGUUCCACGGGGUCCAGACGUACUGGCUGGUCAGCGACUUCGGGGUGUUCGCCCUGGACGUAGAGGAGAACGAAGGGGGUGAGCUGACCCCCUUCCUCAUCGUGACCAAUGAGCUGGACCGGGAACGACAGGGGGAGUACGUAACGGAUAUUAUAGCAGAGGACGGCGGGUCACCACCUCUUCUUGGCACCGCCACGUUAAGGAUUAUAAUCACUGAUGUCAACGAUAACUGUCCUCAGUUCGCAGAGUCACAGGUCAACGUGACGCUAUAUGGGAAUACGACUAAAGGAGCGCACCUGUCCAGGUUACACGCCUUCGACCCCGACCAGGGCGCCAACGCCGUGAUCAGCUAUGCGUACAGCGAGCGCGUUCCCCGGGAGACUAGAGCACUUUUCCAUCUGGACCGGGUUACCGGGGUGAUCAAACUGGCUGGUCAGAUCAACACCGUAACCGGAAAGAUCUACAAACUCACUGUCCUCGCCAACGGGCCCGGGUGCAUCCCUGCCGUCGCCAUGGUGACGGUGCACGUGAUCCGGGUGGCGUCCGGUCCUCCGGUUAUUAUGCCGCGUUACAUCGCAGCGGAGAAAGACGGCGUGGUCACGAUGAAGGAGUCCGAACCGCCGUUAUCGCCAAUCGCGUUUUUCACUGUGAAGAACACGGACCAGAGAGGACAGAGGACGGAAUGCUUGCUGGAAGGAUCUGGCCCGUUCAGACUGUCACCUUACAAACUGUUUAAGAACGAGUAUCUGUUAGAGACGACGGAGCCGCUGGACUAUGAGCAGAGACAGGACUAUGAGCUGACUAUAGUGGCCAGGAACCCAAAAGGACUCGACAUCAAGGCCUUCGUUAAGAUCCUGGUUCUGGAUGAGAACGACAACGCGCCUGUCUUCAAACAGGCUCUGUAUGAGGUCUCUGUGGAGGAGAAUAACCCUCCUAACACCUUCCUGACCCGGCUCCAGGCCACAGACCAGGACAGUGAGGGCAGAGGAGAGGUCAUCUACCUGCUAGGGUCAGACGCUCCCUCCAUUUUUCUCCUGGACAGGCUGACCGGUGUGCUGACCGUGUCCACAUCUCUGGACCGCGAAGAGAAGCAGACCUACAGGUUCAUGGUUCGGGCAGUGGACCGAGGGACCCCCAGGAGAGAGUCUAUAGCUACUGUGGUUAUCACUGUGCAGGACCGCAAUGACAACAGCCCGCGCUUCAUCAAUAAAGACUUCACAUUCUUCGUGCCAGAGAACUUCCCGGGGUUUGGCGAGAUCGGUGUUCUCUCGGUGACAGAUGCAGACGCGGGCGAGAACGGCUGGGUGGCGCUCUCCAUCCUCAACGGCAGCGACGUCUUUGUGAUCGACACGGGCCGCGGCGCUCUAAGGGCCCGGACCCCUCUGGACCGGGAGCAGCAGGGGACGUACUACCUCUGGAUCGAGGCGGUCGACGGAGGGGAACCUGCGCUCUCCUGCGUCACCAUGGUUACUGUCCUCCUCCUUGACGUGAACGAUAACCCUCCCGUGGUCUUGUUCCCCCAGUCUAACCAGUCCUACAUGCUGGUGUUACCUAGCACCCUCCCAGGGACCUCCAUCACAGAGGUGUACGCCGUGGAUAAAGACACAGGGAUGAACGCUGUUAUCGCCUACAGCAUCGUCAAGAGGAAAGGUGGCGAGCCGGGAUCGUUCGAUAUCGACCCGGACACAGGGAAUAUCACGUUGAAGAGAGAACUGAGCGACCGCGGUCUCUAUAGUCUGCUGGUUAAAGUCUCGGACCACGGUCAGCCUGAACCUCUCCACUCCACGGUCCUGGUCAACCUCUUCGUCAACGAGACGGUUUCUAAUGAGAGCUAUAUCCAGAGUCUUCUCACCAGGGAGGCCGAGAUCCAGAUCGAGGAGAAGCCGUGGUAUGUGGGGAAGCUGACAGAGAGGCCUGGCAGAGAGGAGUUGUACCCCUGUCAGCCAGUACUCAUAGCUCUGUCAGUCACCUGUCUAGGACUACUCAGCAUUGUCAUCACAUUGACUGCUUAUAUAUGCUGCAAGAAACUGAAGAAGCAUCAAAUGAAAAGACUAGAGGUUGAGAUUCCUUUGAAGAUGAACGGUGACUCGCAGGAGGUGGGUAGAAAGCUUAUGGAAAUCUCCAACAUUUGAUGACGUUGACAUCGCAUACGACUUCAAGGCAAAAGACUCCACAUCAAAACUGUUCACUGCAACUGUUUAUAACAAUGUGAAUUGUGAAGUGUAGAUUUUCAUCCUCAAAAGACACAGCCUGCAUCCCAAAUAGCACCCUAUUCCCUAUUUAGUGCACUACUUUUAACCAUAGUAGUGCACUAUAAAGGAAAUAGGGUGCCAUUUGUGACACAACCUCAUUUUUAAAAACUUUUAAAAAAUGACCCUAUGUGCUGUAUAUAUUGUAGAUAAUAUGAAAUGUUUUAUAACUUUAUAACAAAAUCUUUAAAUAGACAUGGCAUUUUUAUUUUAUUUUUUAAUGUAAGCCUGAGAAAUUACUCCUUAAACUUACAAACAUUAUUUUAUGAAUAUGAGCGUGGGGGAAAAAGAAAACAACGGGAGAGAUUCUAUAUUUGUUCACAAGGACGUCUGGAUCAUUGGAAAGGGAUGAGGAUCAGUGUUGAUUGAUAUAACAAUGUUAUAUUCAUACCCUUCGAUUGCAUUUGGAAAAAAGUGACACAUCAAGUGACACAUUUACACAAGUCAAUUCUAAAAGUUAUACAUCGUUUAAAUACAAAUUAGCGACGAUCCCGUUGUACUGUAAAGACACACAGAAAACGCGCAGAUCUAUGUCUCUUUCUCAGAGAGCUUCAGCAGUAAGAUUAUAUCACUUCUGCAGAUUACGGAGGUUAAACAUGUAAAUGCCAUCCCACUCUAUACACAAGUCGAUUCAAAUCUGUUCUUUUCCUCAAUCUACUGGAUUAUGUGUGGUGAGAUUUUAAAUUUUUUAUUUUGUUGUCAUACGGUUUCAAGAAGCCACCAAGCAAACCCUCUACCAGCCUCCUUGCCUGUAUCCCAAAUGGCACCCUAUUGACCUAUAUAGUGUCCAUAGGGGGCUCUGGUCAAAAGUAGUGCACUAUAUAGGGAAAUAGGGUUCCAUUUGGAACGCAGCCUUAGCCACCUCCCAGUGAACCUGUCAUUACCAAACCCCCUGUGCUCAUUGUCUGUCUGUGAAAAGAAAUCCAUGAUUGAAUAUUAAAAAAAGUGCUUUAUUUUCAUAUUA